AUGUCGUUCUCUUUCGGCUUCUCAGGCGACGACAUAGAAGGUGGCGAGCAUGAGGACGUUGACCAGGAUCCGGAAACGAAUAGGAAUGACGUGUCGGAAAAGCAGGACGUUGUCGCUCAGCCAAGGGUACACACGCUGAAAGAACUACUAACCAGCCUCCCAUCUCAGAUCACCUACAACAGCCUUCGUCUUCCAGCUCUAGCCAAUGGAUUCCCCAACUCUCCUCCACUCAACGUCCUCCGCCGGUCCUUGGUCGACAUCCGCGCACAGCUCAUGGCGGAAGCAUCCGAAGCCAACGACAACGACCACCUGAUCGAAAAUCUCAAUGCAGGUGAUCUGUCGAAGCAUGCGCAACUGUCGAAUGAGCCCACUCAUGUGAUUGAACUUGGCGCGGGAUCUGCAAUCCCAAGUCUGACGGUGUUGAAGCUCAGGCCAAAGGCCGGCCCAAAGCUUCAUCUCACGCUCGCAGACUAUAACGCGGACGUGCUGAAGCUGUGUACUGCGCCAAAUACUUUUCUGCACCUUUGCCCGCCGAAGGAUGCUCCACAGAGGGGAGCUCUUAACCUGGGGCAUGAGUAUGACUAUGAUCUCGAAGAGGUUCAGCCACAACUUAAUGGCAUAGAAGAUGUCUUGGCUGAGCAGCAUCUGAGUGUCGACUUUGUCUCAGGCGGGUGGGGCAAGCAAUUCGUCGAUCUUGUGACCUCGCUCGAACCCUCGAACUCGGGUUCUGAUGCCCAGCUAAAGAGGCUCAUCCUCGCUACUGAAACCAUAUACAGCCCUGACACACUUCCAGUGUUCACUUCGACCCUUUUGUCACUCCUCCGUCAAGCUCGUAGCGGAAGCAGAGCACUGGUCGCGGCGAAGCAGAUUUAUUUCGGCGUCGGCGGUGGGGUGGCAGAGUUCGAGCGAGAGCUGAAGACUCAGGAUGCGAACGCGCAGCUGAAAUCAGUAUGGCAGUGUCCAUACAAGGACACGGUUGGCCGAGUGAUCUUGGAGGUGACUUUACCGCAAGGACCGUGA